AUGCAGCCCGCCCGAGGUCGGGGCUUUGCCAGCCCUGAGGCAGACAGGCCGGCUCGGGCAAUGUGCGCCCGUCUAACGGGCUUCGCCCUCCCCUCGGUGUCCUUCAAUUUGAAGCCCCCCCUCUCCUCGAAGACGGCCGCGUGGUACCCUGCACGUGCCUUGCUGUCCUUGUGCAUCCGGAGGCUCCGGCUGCCUCUGGGACCCCUCGAGGCCCGGACCAGCGUGCGCCUGUCUGGCGGGCUUCGCCCUCCCCAGAAGCCGCCUGGACUCGAGGACGGCCGCGUGGUCUCCUGCACGUGCCCUGCUGUCCUUGCGCCUCCGGAGGCCCCCCCGCUGCCUCUGGGGCCCCUCGAGGCCCCGACUUCCGGAGGCCCUCCGGAGGCCUCCGCCUAUCUUUAG